UCUGCCCUGCCGCCGCCGCCGCCGCUUCGCCUGCCGGCCUGAGAGCGGGACCAUGGAUGAAAGGUUCAACAAGUGGCUGCUGACGCCGGUGCUCACUCUCCUCUUCGUGGUCAUCAUGUACCAGUACGUGUCCCCCUCCUGCACCAGCUCCUGCACCAACUUCGGGGAGCAGCCCCGCGCGGGGGAGGCCGGCCCGCCAGCCGUUCCGGGUCCCGCCCGCCGAGCUCCGGCGCCGCCUGAGGAGGGGGAGCGGCGGCCCCAGCUUCCCCCGCCGCCCCGGGGGCCGCCCGAGGGGCCUCGGGGGGCCGCGGCGCCGGAGGAGGAGGACGACGAGCCCGGAGACCCCGAGGAGGAGGAGGACGAGGAGGAGGAAGACGAGCCGGACCCCGAGGCCCCCGAGAACGGCUCCCUGCCCCGGUUCGCGCCCCGCUUCAACUUCACCCUGAAGGACCUGACCCGCUUCGUGGAUUUCAACAUCAAAGGGCGCGACGUGAUCGUGUUCCUGCACAUCCAGAAGACCGGGGGCACCACGUUCGGCCGGCACCUGGUGAAGAACAUCCGGCUGGAGCAGCCCUGUAGCUGCAAAGCCGGCCAGAAGAAGUGCACCUGCCACCGGCCUGGCAAGAAGGAGACGUGGCUCUUCUCCCGCUUCUCCACCGGCUGGAGCUGCGGACUGCACGCCGACUGGACGGAGCUCACCAACUGCGUGCCUGCCAUCAUGGAGAAGAAGGACUGUCCCCGCAACCACAGCCACACCAGGUACUGUCCCCCGCUCUGUCCCGCUUCUUCCUCCCGGCGCCCUGCCCCUCCUCCCCAGUCCCGACCCAGAGCGACCCGGCGCUCCCUGCCCCUGCUGGUGGUUCCCUGGCGUCGUCAGCGGUUGGCAAUGUAG